GCGAGGCGCAUCGGUUUCGGUAGCUAGCUGGCCGUCACGUCAUCAUGGCGAAAGUCAAGGGCUCGUGCAAAUGGUCAGCGCACGACGCACGAGGAGGGUGGAGGGGAGGAAAGCUCUGCACGACGCAUCGCAUCAUGUUCUCUCCUCUCUGUGUUGCGCCAGGUUCAACUCAAGCAAGGUGAGCAACGCCGUGACGAACACGUGACGCGCACACGGGCGCGGCGCAUGCGACAGGCGUGUGUGGGUGUGGGUGUGUGGUGACUAUGUGGUGCCAGGGUUUCGGGUUUAUCGAGCCUGACGACGGUAGCGGGGACGUCUUCGUCCACCAGAGUUCCAUCCAUGCGCGUGGGUUCCGCAACCUCGCCGAGGGCGAACAGGUCGAGUUCGACGUCGAGACAGACGAACAGUAAGUAACCGACAGACACGCCACACACCCACCAACAUAACACACCCACUGCACUGCACCAAGGCGUGUUCCGCUCCGUGUGUGUCCUGUCCAGGGGACGCCGCAAGGCCGUCAACGUGACCGGCCCCGGUGGAGACUUCGUCAAGGGCGAAGAAAGACGCGUCAGACCCCAGCCCAGCCCCCCUCUCACCGACACACAGCAAUUACACACAUUCAUGCCAUGCGUGUGUCAUCUUGUCGCCAUUUACCAACAGGACGGCGGAGGCGGCGGCUAUGGCGGUGGAGGGUAUGGCGGCGGCGGGUACGAUAGCUAUGGUGGAGGUGGUGGGUACGGGCGUGGGGGCUACGGUGGUGGCGGCGGCUAUGGGGGUGGGGGGAGGGGCCGCGGGGGCUACGGGGGCGGAGGAUACUCCAACGGAUACGGCGGGGGAGGGUAAGUAAGCACCAGUCCACUCAGGGUGGCCCUGACUCAGGGGAUGCAUCAGUCCACUCACAUGUGACACAUGGAUGUGGUGUGUCUGUGCUGUGUUGUGUCCACAGGGGUGGCUCCUACUACGGCGGCGGGGGAGGCGGCUAUGGGGGCGGCAGAGGGGGAUACAACGACGGGGUACGCACAGACGGCAGCAUGUCAGGCAGACAGACAGACAGACAGACCGACACAGAGGAAGUUGCCUACACAUCUAUGUGUGUGUGUGUCGGGGUGUCUGUGUGUCCUGGCUGUGUGUGGUUUGCAGGGCUACGGCGGGGGUGGCGGCUAUGGGGGCUACUGAUGCGCUCGCCAUACUACACCACACCACACAAUGGGGGGGAGGCGGGAUGCGUUGCGGUGCGUGGGGUACAUGUACAUGUCUGUCUGCUGGAUGGUGCAUACACGAUUCAUUGAUACAAUGAGGUGGUCGUUCGCUUGUGUGUGCAGCUGCCAACUGGCACAUGACGAUUUGACUCAUCAAUCCACUGACUCACUCACUCGUUUCUUGUCUCGCUCUCUGCUCUCUCUAUAUUUCUUUGUUGGCCUUUUUUCUCUCCCCGUGUGCGGAGCGCGUCCGCACACCGGAUCGGACCAUAGCCGUAGCACAGCACAGAGGGGUCGACUCAGACAGACACAGAAACAGACGCAGGCAGACCGACAACCACAGACGCGCGCGUGUGGCAGGCCAGGCCAGCAGCCCCACUCACCGCCUCGCCUCCCUCCUAUCUAUCCUCCUAGAAAGAAAGAAGCUAACUAAUUCGGCAUGCCUUUGGGUGCAUGUGUGCAUUGAUUGCAUUGCUUCAGCUGCAGACAGACAGAGCAAUGACUGGAUGGGAUGGAGUGGGGGUGGAGUGUGGGGAUGGAUGCGUGGGCAUUGCAUGCGAUGCGAUGCGUUCGAUGAAUGAUUCGUGCCUGGAUGGAUUGAUGGAUGGUAGGUGAUGUGCUCUAGUGACUGGGGCACGGGCGAGGCCGAGAGGGCGGAGGAGCGACCAACAAGAGAGAGGGGUUUUAAGCCGGCUGAUAGACACCAGACGUGUGUGUGUGUGUGUGUGUGUGCGUGUGCGUGUGUGUGCAUGUUCGGUGGCGGUGGACGGACCUUCGUGUGUCUUGUGUGUCAAUACGAGCCACAGGUAGUCGAGA